AUCUUCCAUGGCUUUCGAAGGUCGCUGCUUUGUUUCUCUGGUUGUUUUCUUCCUCCGAUGCAUCGUCGUCGCCGGCGAUGGAGUGGAACUUCCGCUUCUACGCUUGCCGGAACUCGAGCAGGAGGCGGCCUACCGCGCCCUCGAGUCCGUCAACCCUUCUGUUCCUUGGCGCUCGCUCUACCCCGACGAUUUGUGCCUCUUCGGCCCCCAUGGACUCGUCUGCGAUCUUUUUCCAUCCUCUAACGACGCCGGCGACGACGGAUCCCCUCACGUCGUGGAGCUCAACUUCGGUAACGUCUCUGAUUUCUCCAAUAACCCACCGUGCGGCCCGAACGCAACUCUCCCGACCUCCCUCUCCUCGUUCCCUUUCCUUCGAAAGGUAUUCUUCUACAACUGCUUCACCGCGGCGAAUGCCAUCCUGCCCCUCGAUUUCUGGAAUCUGUCAUCCACCGUCGAGGAGAUUGCCUUCUACCGGAACCCUUCUCUCGGCGGCCGUCUCGGUGGCAGAAUCACCGGACUGUCUCACCUGCGCCGCCUCAUCAUCUCCGGAUCGCGGAUAUCCGCAAUAAUUCCUCCCGAGGUUGGAGAUCUCCGCGGCCUGGAGCAGCUAGUACUUUCGCAGAACAGUAUCGGAGGCGAGAUUCCUCGCUCGAUAAGACGACUCGCCCUCCUCAAAGUGUUGGAUCUAAGUGGGAACCGCAUCGGCGGGGCGAUCCCGUCCGAGAUCGGUAGCCUGAUGGAGCUGGUCAAGCUGGACAUCUCUUCCAACAGAAUAGCUGGCAUGAUCCCGGCUGAACUCAGUCAUCUCAAACGGCUGGAACUUCUAGAUCUGAGCGGCAACCGACUCACCGGCGGCGUGCCAGCAUGGCUGGCAGAGCUGGAGAACCUGCGGGAGAUGCACCUGAGCGGAAACCCCGUCGGCGGUGCCAUCCCGGAGAUAUGGGAGAAGCUGGGGGGCAUCCUGGGCGUCGGGAUGUCGCGGCUCGGUCUGGUCGGCGACAUUCCGGCAUCGAUGGGAGUCUACUUGGGAAGAGUAACCUACCUGGCGUUGGACAAUAACAAACUCGAAGGGGAGCUCCCGGAGCAAUUCCAGCGGAUGGAGAGCACGGCCAUGGAGAUCAACCUGGAGAACAAUGGGCUACGUGGCCGCGUUCCUUUUUCCGCCGUUUUCGUCCGCCGCCUCGACGGUAAGCUGAAGUUGGCCGGUAAUCACGAACUGUGUCUGGGCGAGGAGCUCGAAGUCGCCGCCGCCGCCGCAGGCCGAUACCUGAGACGCUGCAACAAGACAGCGGUUACGCACCCGGUUCUCCUCACCUCCGGUGGUCGCUCGUCGGAGAAUGCCACUCUCUCUUCUCUGGCCGUUGUUUUUGUCGUAUUCAACUUGUUAAUUUUGUCGCUUUUUUUAAGAGAAGAGAAUACGUAAAUAACAAGGUGUUAAAGUUGAAAAAAAGUAGGGAGACGAUUGUAGUUCUUGUAAUUAAAUUAGCCCUUCUUAUGAUAAGAUGAUCGAACUAGACUAGUAGACUGAACGUGAUAGGUUUAAGUGACUAAUGGCCGUUUACUUGAGAACGCUAAUGAAGAGAA